UGAAGCGCGUGGAUCCUCCCUCUCCUCUCGAGAGUUUAGCAGCAGGUCGCGCGACUCGAUCUUUCUGUGCUCGUGCAUCAACGGAAAGUGAAGUUUCCCAUCCGCGUUCAGAACAGUCCCCCGUGAACAGCAUGUCUUCUGGAAACGCUAAGAUCGGUCAGCCUGCUCCUCAGUUCAAGGCCACAGCUGUGGUGGACGGACAGUUUAAAGACGUUCAGCUCUCUGACUACAGAGGGAAGUAUGUCGUGUUGUUCUUCUAUCCACUUGAUUUCACCUUUGUGUGUCCUACCGAGAUCGUCGCGUUCAGUGAACGGGCCGCUGAGUUUCGUAAAAUCGGCUGCGAGGUCAUCGCUGCUUCCACCGACUCUCAUUUCAGCCAUCUGGCAUGGAUCAACACACCCAGGAAGCAGGGUGGCCUGGGCUCCAUGAACAUCCCACUGUUGGCUGACCUGACUCAGUCCAUCUCCCGCGAUUACGGCGUCCUGAAAGAGGAUGAAGGCAUCGCCUACAGAGGUCUGUUUGUGAUUGACGAUAAAGGCAUCUUGAGGCAGAUCACCAUCAAUGAUCUGCCGGUGGGCCGCUCUGUAGACGAGACGCUGAGACUGGUGCAGGCCUUCCAGCACACCGACAAAUAUGGAGAAGUUUGUCCUGCUGGAUGGAAACCAGGAAGUGACACUAUUGUUCCAGAUGUGCAGAAGAGCAAGGAGUUCUUCUCCAAGCAGUAACAGUCCUGCCGUGUUUCCCGGAUCAUGCUCCCAUUCAGUGGGACGCUCGAGCACUUAACCUCAGCCUGAGGGUUCUUGAGAAGCUGUCAAAGCCAACGUAACAAACUCUUUGCAGUUCAAAUGCACUCAUUAGACAGAUUUCUUUUCUUUUCAAUUGUCUGAAGAAGCUGUUGCAGUUAGCAUCUCCCAUGCACUGAAAUAUCUGUAGUUUGUUUUCAACUUUAGUUAAUCUGUAUUACAUAUUUAGUACUCUGUGAACAUUUGAUUCAGUUUGAAUUCUCAAGUUGUUUGACAUUCUGGUGAUCCUCAAUGUCUGUCAAAUAAAUGGGCUGUUAUUGUGUGA